CAGAUUAUUGUUUUUAAAUGAAUUAUCCCAUCAAUCGUUUGCCGGCUUCUCCUUGACACUUCCUCUGACCCGUCUGCCAGAGUCCGAAAGUGUGUGGAGUUUGGAGGUCGAAGCAAUGUGGAAAGCUUCGACAAGAUUAUCGUCUUCAAUUCGUAGCUCAAGAUGCAAGCGAGCUUUUUCCAUAACAAAGAAAAAGCAGGAGCAGAAAGUUGACGGUAAACGAGUAUAUUAUGUACACCAGCCUACUUUUCCCCCUCCACAAUCAACGCCACCGCCAUGUCCACCGCAACCACCACCACCACCACCUCCAAAGGAAAGUGGUGGAGGAGGUUUUGGAACCUUCUUCAGGCUCCUUGGAGUGACAACAGUGGGCAUUGGUGGUGUAAUUGGAUAUGCCUGGUAUGAUCCUGAGUUUCGCAAGUAUUUGGAAAAGAAAGUUCCUUACUCAAAGAAAUUCCUGGAUGUUGUUUUUGAGUAUUUGCCCAACCGGUCUUCUUACUUUCCAUCAACACCAGAAGAGCCAAGCCCUCCACCUUGUCCACCACCACUAUCACGUCCUAAAAAAGAAGACACCAGGCCUCUUAAUUUAGGUCCAAAGGAACCCGAAAAAAAGGACGAUAAGUGCGCACAAAUUGAAGUACCAAAGGAAGAUCCAAAGAUUACUGCUGAGAGAGCAAAAGAAGAACAGAGACGGCUUGUGGAGCAGAGAUUUCGGGAGAAGGAAGCUGAGGAAGCGGCAGAGAAUGCUGCUCUAGAGGUAGUUUUAGACAACCUGAUUAGGAAAGCCAAUGAGGUUGUUGAGACCACAAUUUGCAUUCAGAAAAAGCAGAUUGAUGCUGUACGGAAACACACAGCAUUGUUGAAGCAAGCUAUGGAAGAUGUUUCAGAGAUUUUGGACAAAGACCAUCAGUGGCAGCAAGUAGCUGAAGCUUUCAAGCAGCGAGAAAACAUUUCAAAAGAGGCAGAUAAAAGUGUAAAAGAGGCCAGGGAGACUCUGGAUAGGUUAAGAUCAGCCAUUGAUGAUGGUAAGAAGAACAAAGUGACACAUAGAAAUAAGGUGCUAAAUACAGCUCAGGAAACUUUCACUAAAGUAAACAACGAGCUCAAGAAUGCAGAAAAGGAGGUGAGCAGGUGUGAAUGUGAGGCACGUGUCCUGUCCAAGUAUAAGGAUUUGAUUGAACGUGGUCGUAAACAGUUUGCUGAAGAGCUAGACAGCAUCAUGCCUGAUGUAAAACUAGGUCGACGAUCAAAGAAACUGACAGAAGAGGAAUUAAAUGCACUCAUAGCUCAUGCACAUAGACGGAUUGAACAGCUUCAACGAACGCUGGCAGAACAGGUUGCCAUGGAAGCUAAACGAAUACAGGAUGCUCUGGAGCAGCAGAAAAAAGAGGAGGAUCUUCUGACAACUAAGUUAGUCAUGAUCGAGAAUGAGCGAUUGAAAGAUACCUUUGCCAUGGAGAAGCAAAACUGGGAAGCUAAUGCUCGUGUAGAGUUUGAAAAGGAGCUGAGACAGCAGCUAGCAAGGCAAGCAGCUGCCCACAGUGACCACUUGAAGGAUGUGCUGUGUGUGCAGGAACAGGAAUUAAAUGCACAGUGUGAGAAACGUAUCCAUGCCAAGAUUCUGGAAGAGCGCCAGUCAUUUCAGACUGAAGUGGUUGGUUGGAUUGGUCGACUCAAAGGCAUAGAGGCCGCAGUAGAAGCACGGGCAGAAAGUGAGAAGAUAGCUCGAGUGGCCCAGGACCUAUGGCUGUCAUGCAUUGCGUUGAAUGGGGUGAUUCGGCAUGGAAAUGAAGAAGCUCAUGAAUGGGAAAAUCGCCUUAGGCCCUUGAAGAAGGAGGUUGAAGCAGUUUCUGAUGCAGGUGGUAAGCACCCAUUUGUGGAGACAAUAAUACAGACCAUACCUGAAGAGGCCUUAGAUCGAGGAGUCUGGACAGAGGACAGUCUACGAGAACGGUUUCCUCGCGUCAAGAAAGUUUGCAAACGAGUGGCCAUGAUUGAUGACAAGGGUGGCAGUCUUUUUAAGUUCAUGCUGUCAUACGUCCAGUCUUUGUUUGUCUUCGACUCGGUCUUUGCUAAGACAGAGGAGGACUUGGUGAAUGUUAAUGAGCUUGAUGCUUUUUCUGCCCUAGCACAUGCAGAGUUCUGGCUGGAAAGGGGUGACCUUGAAACAGCCCUUCGCUUUAUGAAUCAACUGAAGGGUGAGCCUCGUCGCGUGGCUAGCGAUUGGAUUAGAGAGGCUAAACUGCUGUUGGAAGCAAGGCAAGCAGCCUAUGCCUUAACAGCUUUUGCUUCAGCUAGUGGUUUGGGAACAAUAUUUUGACUUAUUUGAUUUUUCCAUUGUAUACACAUAUGACUGGAGUGAUUACUGUAAAAGUGAUAGUAGCCUUCUACAUUUUGGGGGAAUCUGUAAACCCUAAUCUUUUGUGACUGUUUAGACUGGACUAUAAUACGGAUAUAUGUCCUAUGAGAGUGACAAGAUGUACAUAAGAGAAUACAUAAAUUGCAGCAUUCUUGAAAGAAUUCUGUGGUGUUUCUCUUCCAGAGGGAAUCUUUAUGUGUAGUCAGCAAAAUCUGAAUCAUGGCAGAAAAUGGAUUGACAUAGUUACAGCUAUUUGAAGCAACUCGUGUGCUUUGGUGUGUGGAUGAACUCAGUUCAAGUCCAUAAUUCAUUAUGUGUAUUCUGAUCAAGACUCGUUACAAAAAACCCCUUAAAAAUGUCUUUUUCUAUCCUUUUCCUCAUACAUCUUUAGGAACUGGUGUAAUGUUAGAAACUUUUUCAUCAGAGCUGAAGCCUGUAUGGUCAGCUCUGUGAAAUGAAAACAUUUUCUGACUCGCACUUUUUGGAUUUUGCUUGUUUUCUGUGCUUAUCUAUAACUAUAUACACACAUAUAAAAUUACUGAAACCUGGAGAUGCAUUAUCUUUUUACUUGGUUUUAUAAUUGAGACAAAAUGAAGGGAAUAAUGAUAUUCCAGCUUACAAACAAGAAGUAGUACAUUUUUCACAAAAUUUUAAGCCACUUUGUAAGCAUUCAUAAACAUGCUGGUUUUUCUCCUAGUCCUACAUGUAUUAGAGAGAGAGAGACUUUGUGUUCACUUGAUUUGGUUUAAACACAUUCUGUAGAUGUGCUGCAUGCAGAAUAAGCUGUACCAAAGAUUGUAGCCACUUGUUUCGAAUUUUGAAAAAUAGAAUGAAUAGAAGGAAGAACAAGAGGAUUAGGUCUGUUAGGGGCAAAACACUUUGUCAGUGUACCAUGAUUAUGUGUACAUUAUGCACAUACAAAAAGCGAGGUGGUUAGGGGGGUGGAGAGAAAUUCAGUUAACUACACACAAAACUAUUAAGGCCAACCAUGGAAUUUUUAAAAGAGCUGAACAGUGAUGGUUGUGAAAGUGGUAUUUUGAAGUUUUCAUUGCUACUUGUGUUAAGUGUAGAUAGUGAAGAACCUGGCAACCAGACAUAAAAUAGCUGUACAUAUUGUGUGCUUGUUUUUAAGUAAUGGCAAAAAAUGGAAAACCAUUUUGAUCUGAAUGGAUGUUGUUUUUUUCAGAAUAAAGUGAGCACUGCCUUGCACAUGA